AUGUGCUCGCGGCCUGAGCCUCGAGAGCCCCUGCGCCGCGUGGCAGUGGUCGGGGGCACCCACGGCAAUGAGAUGUCUGGCGUCUACCUGGCGCGGCACUGGCUGCGGGCCCCGGGGGAGCUGCGGAGACCCAGCUUCUCCGCAGUGCCCGUGCUGGCCAACCCAGCAGCCACGGCCGCCUGCCGCCGCUACGUGGACUGUGACCUCAACCGCACCUUCACCAGCGCCUUCCUCACUGCCAGGGCCCACCCGGAUGACCCAUACGAGGUGACAAGGGCCCGAGAGCUGAACCAGCUGCUGGGGCCCAAGGCCUCGGGCCAGGCCUUUGACUUCGUCCUGGACCUGCACAACACCACGGCCAGCAUGGGCACCUGCCUCAUCGCGGAAUCCGCCCACAACGUCUUUGCGAUGCACCUGUGCCGCCACCUACAGCUGCAGAGCCCCGAGCUGCCCUGCCGGGUCUUCCUGUACCAGCUGCCGGGAGAAGAGAGUUACAGCGUCAGCUCCGUGGCCAAGAAUGGACUGGGACUGGAGCUGGGCCCCCAGCCUCAGGGAGUGCUGCGGGCCGACCUUCUCAUCAGGAUGAGGGCCUUGGUGGCCGCAGCCCUGGACUUCAUCCAGCUCUUCAACCAGGGCACCGCCUUCCCUGCCUUUGAGAUGGAAGCGUAUAGAAAAGUGAGCAGCGUGAACUUCCCACGCACGGAGGCCGGGGAGCUGGCAGGCACGGUGCAUCCUCAGCUGCAGGACCGAGACUUCGAGCCGCUGCGGCCGGGAGCACCCGUCUUCCAGAUGUUCAGCGGCAAGGACGUGCUCUAUGAAGGGGAGGCCACUGCGUACCCCGUGUUCAUCAACGAGGCCGCCUACUACAAGAAGGGCAUUGCCUUCUUCCAGACGGAGAAGCUCACGUUCUCUGUGCCUGCCCUGCCCGCCCCCGCCCCCGCCCCGGCUCCCUAA